CUUGGUCCUAACCUCCCAGACUGCACCUCCUCUCUCCUGACAAGGAGCUUCCCUUCAUCUUAACCGGUAACCGGUUGGCUGACUCCACCAUCACACUCACGUUGGCCCUUGCACUCCUCUCUCACGCGACCACGCCCCUUCCUUCACAUCCAAUCCCGACAUGGAGCCCAUCAAGGUCCAAUCAGAAGGUGGACUGAAUGUGACCCUCACCAUCAGGCUGCUGAUGCACGGCAAGGAGGUUGGAAGCAUCAUAGGAAAGAAAGGAGAAACAGUGAAGAAAAUGCGUGAAGACAGUGGAGCCCGCAUCAACAUCUCAGAGGGGAACUGCCCUGAGCGGAUAGUCACCAUCACCGGGCCAACAGAUGCUAUUUUCAAGGCCUUCGCCAUGAUAGCCUACAAGUUUGAGGAGGAUAUAAUCAACUCAAUGAGCAACAGUCCAGCCACCAGUAAACCGCCUGUAACCCUGAGGCUCGUCGUCCCGGCCAGCCAGUGCGGCUCCCUCAUUGGCAAAGGAGGCUCCAAAAUCAAAGAAAUGAGAGAGUCCACAGGAGCUCAGGUCCAGGUUGCAGGUGACAUGCUCCCCAACUCCACAGAGAGAGCGGUGACAAUCUCAGGGGCCCCAGAAGCCAUCAUCCAAUGUGUCAAACAGAUAUGUGUGGUGAUGCUUGAGUCCCCACCGAAAGGUGCCACCAUCCCCUACCGCCCCAAGCCUGCCUCCACCCCUGUCAUUUUUUCAGGUGGCCAGGUAAGAGCAGACCCACUGGGGGCGUCCACAGCCAACCUCAGCCUCUUACUGCAGCACCAGCCACUGCCUGCUUAUACCAUUCAAGGACAGUACGCCAUCCCGCAUCCAGAUGUGACUCUGCUGUCCUCCUCCUCCCCCCCUCAGCAGUUGAGCAAGCUCCACCAGUUGGCUAUGCAGCAAACCCCCUUUACCCCCCUCGGACAGACCACCCCUGCCUUCCCCGGUCUGGAUGCCAGUAACCAGGCCAGUACUCAUGAACUCACCAUUCCCAAUGAUCUAAUAGGCUGCAUAAUCGGACGCCAGGGAACCAAAAUCAACGAGAUCCGUCAGAUGUCUGGGGCGCAGAUCAAAAUUGCUAACGCCAUGGAAGGGUCAUCGGAGCGCCAGAUCACUAUCACAGGGACCCCCGCCAACAUCAGCCUGGCCCAAUACCUCAUCAAUGCAAGGUUUCGAGACGUGGCGGCCAUGUGGAACGACCCAUCUUCCAUGACCACAUCCUGAGAUCCCUGACUGGCUCCUCCGUUUGGCCCUUUCCAAUGACUGACUACCGCAGACAACCCUGAUGAAGCCCUUCGGACUCUGGCUCUGGCUCUCCGAAAAAACCCUGACCCCCUUCCCGCCCUGGUUCAAAGUUGUUCAUACGUCAGAGAGGGAUGGGCGCUCGUUUUUAUUUCAGAGAGCCAGAUUAAAUAAAAAAAUAAAAUAAAAAGAAAUUCUCUGUUGGUUAGGUUUUUUAGAGAACUGUUGAAGCAUGUUGAAUGUUUAUUAGGAACAACUUGUGUUAAUCUUCUUUUUCUCUCUAUCUAUUGCUUUCUCUCUCUCUCUCUGUCAGUGCUGCGUCAUAGAACAUCAUUUAAAAGUAAAAAAAAAAGUACUCGUAAAAGAUUGAACAUUUUUGUAGCACGUAGUUAUUUGCAUAUUACAGCUGCUCAGUGAUGCUAUCGGCAGAGUGUGUGGUGGGAUGUAGCCCAAUUAUCAAAUUUUGAUAAUAUAUUCUGAAAAGAAAAAAAAACAGGACUGUUCUGCUUUUGUCCUAAUUUGCAUCUUUGUCUACUUACAAAUCCAGUCUCUACCCAUGACUCUUUGCUGCAUCACAUGACCCUUUUAAGCCAAUGGUAUCACUCCUAGAGCCUCCCUUCUCAUGUUAAUUUCCUAUACUUACAUUAUUGCUUAUAUUGCAUGUGUUCAGUGUUGUAUCGUUGCGUAUUUGAGUAAACCUGUUCAGUGUACGUGUUCCUUCAAAUGUUCUUAUUACAUCUUUGCGCUCCCGUUCUUUUUCCGCAAACUUUUUCAGCAUUUUUGGCCAUUCACGUCUAGUCCUACUCCCUGCCCAAAUGAAAACUCUCCGACAUAGCCUCCUUCUAUCAACACCGAUUAUUAGUAUAUAGAUGCAUGAAUGGGAAUUAGUGAAAAAUCAGUGGCUAAAACACUAACUGAAAAUUUAAAUGAUUGUUUACUAACUUAUUAUUAUUAUACUGUAUUUGUUUUGUACAAAGACUAUUGUGACUUAGCACAUUAGUCGACUACGCGGCGCUCAUGCAAUAGACUAUUCAACACUUUACUCUGGACUGCCUCUGGUGUGGGAGGAAUUUGUUGGACUUAAAAGCCAAGUGUUGCGUCCAAACCUUUCGGCUUCCUUCCCUUGACUCUGGAAAUACUCGCCAGACCGCUGGCGAAAAAUUGGGUUUUUUUUAGUGGGCUUUUGAGGGGGCGAAAACCAAGGGAAAGAAGCCGACUCUUCACGGCAAAGAGGACUAAGCGUUUGGACGAAGCCGAAUGGUAUUUUUUGGGCCAAGGAAUGUUCAGGGGUUCAUUGGGGGGAACCCACGGGGCCUGGGCGGACGUGACCACUCAGUCUCUUUUUCAAGAUUGUUCAUCUUGUCUUGUUUUUUUUUGUUUGUUUUUGGGUUUUUUUUGGUCAUACGGUUGGUUUUGACACAUUAGGUUUGAAUGUCUUUUUAUUGUCGCAACUUCGUCAGCAACUUAAUUGUUUUUAUUUUAAAAAGGACAGGUUGGAUGACAAUUCCUGCUUCACUGGUUUUCAGUAAAACCAGCAUGUAUUUAUUUAUGGUGUGGUGAUGCACAUAUGACUUUCUGUUUGUUGAUCAUGACACUUAAGCUAAGUUAGUUUUGUUGUCUUUAAUUUGAGAGGGAGGUGUGGAUGAUAUUUGGUAUGAUUCAGUAUUUCAACCAUCCCUCACCUAUUCUACUCAUAAGGAUGCUCUAAAUACUAUUGGACAGCUUGAGUCAUCUCAUUCGCGAGCUUCAGCUGAGCUCCGUUAAGUUUUGACACGUACAAACAGCUGUUGAAUGUUAUUGUCGAAUCACAUUAUCUACUGUCCAACACAGCAACAUUCUGCGUUUUCAGUGUCUCGAUUUCUGCAUACAUACCGCGACUUUUGUUUUAUUUCCAAAAGCCUAUGCUGACCUUAAAGGAAAAGUUUGACAUUCGGGGAAAUAUAUUAUUUGCUUAUUUGCCAAGAGUUAGAUGAGAAGAUUGAUAGCACUCUCAUUUCUGUGUGGUAAAUAUGAAAUGAGCACCAGCUGCUGGUUAGCUUAGCUUAGCAUUAAGCCUGGAAAAACAGGGAAGCGACUAUUUGUUAAGUGAAAGAAAUCAGUUUACCAGCUCACUAAUAAACAUUAUAUCUAGCUUGUUUAAUGAACAGAGUCAGGCUCCCCCUGUUUUUAGGCUUUAUGCUAAGCUAAGUGAAGCUAACCGUCUCCUGGCUGCAGAGAACUAUCUCUCAGCAAGAAAGCAAAUUAAACUUCAUGUGCACCAACUUCCAUCGACUCACCUAACUCUCUGCAAGAAAGCGAAUCAACGCAUUUCCCAAAAUGUCCACCUUAAACUUUAAGCGCUUUGGUGACAUGCGUAAAUGUUAUUAUGUAAAUGGACCAAAUGCUGUAUCACUAUACUGAACCAUGCAUAGUCAGUAAUUAUUCUGCAAUAAUUCUUACAUUUUUGAUGUGAACUCAAGUAGUAGUGCUAGCAUUGAAAUCAUAAAUUUGUGUUUAUUUUAUUUUGAGUUGUCAUAGCUUGUACUUAAAUGGGGAUGUUUGUCAAAUGAACAACCUGAAAUUAUGGCAAACUUGCUUUUUAGAACAGUUAGCUGAUACCUAAGAGGGCAUUCUUUCACAACAGUACUGUACCAGUAAAGAACAUCCUCAAGGGUAUUAUGGUUUUUAACUGUUAUCAGUGCAUGUGUACCAUUGAAAUGUCUGCUUCAAAUUAGUACACAUAUGUAAGAAUUAAAAAUAUGACAAAACAAGGAUUGGUAAUGCUUAUUAGCACAGCUGGCGCGUGUGUUUGAGAACGAUCUUGUUGUGUAAUAUGAAUUUGAUUGCUAUAAGCAGGAAUCUUGAGUUGUAAGUGAUGGCAGUGUGAUUUUAAUAACAUCAAUAUUCAUGUGUUACUCAGUGUUUGAAAACUGUAUUUACAUUUGUGUAUAUGGCUGAGUAUACUACGACUUUGAAACAAACUGCAACUAAUGCAAUAAUAGGGUGCAAUGUGCAAUUAUUUAUUCCGUUAUUUCCAUAUUAGCAUAGAUACUGGAGAGCUGUGUAGCUUGCUGAAAAAUGCUUCUUUUUUUUAUUUUAUCCACUUUCCAUGUGGCAGCAACAACAGGAAAAAAAGAAUGACUAGACUUUUUUUUGUUUUUCAGCUUUUGUUUGUGUGUAUUGCAGUUCGGGGAAAAAAAGUGAUAGAUCUUUGUAACUAUUUUUGAUUGAUUUAUUUGCUAUGUGCAGAUCUAUAUUAGUUGUGAGUAAUUACAUAGGCUUUAAAUUCAAAGUGUUGGUAAGUAUAAAAACAAAUAAAGUUUCAUUUUUUCUUUC